AUGGUCAAACUUUUGAUGACUCUCCUUGCCAGUCACGAUUCAAAAGGAUGGCCUUACAACAUACUUUUCAAAGGAAAAUCGAAGAUAGACAAUAAAAGAGCUUCAUUGAAAUUCAACACGUACAAGGACGCAUUAGUUCCCGAGGAUGUUCAGCUGGAGAGCGGUGCUUGCUCGAGCUCCAGAUCAUCAAUGAUUUCUGGGGAUUCCACUGGGUCCACAAUUAUAUCAUCUUCAACUAGAGGUUCUAAGUGGAAUCUGAGAGAGAAAAAGAGAAUCGUCGGCGAGCUUGGAGGCCAAUUUAGGGUAGAGAAGCUUCUGGCGUUUUGGGAGCACAUUUGUGACCUCGCAAAUUCGAAGCUUGAGUUCCCCGACAGUGUCCUGGCCACAGACCCUGACGGUGUACUCUUUCCCGUUCCACUUCACCGUCAGCGUCAGCUCCUCAUCCGUCAACGGGGAAACCACCAAAGCCGCGGCGGACGACGACGA